GCCGCAUUAUGGUUUUCAUGUACUAAGUUGUUCGAUCCCUUUCAACAUUCGUUGGAUAAAAAUAUCCACUUCGGCAUCUCUCCGCCUGCUUGGCUCCCAAUCAUUGCCUUGCACAAUCUGGGGCAACUGGGUCGGCUAACCAACGGAUCCUCUCAAAUCGCCAUGGUUCUGUCUGGUAAUUGCCCAUUUAGGAAGACCCUUGUCAACUCAACAUCGUAGAGCACUAAGAACGACAAAGCCUAUGAGCCGCAAUACUGUAGUGCGACCCCUAAUGCAACGACCACACUUCAUGAGAUCGGCAUGGGGGAUAAGGCGCUCUCUAACCCACAUUGUCCUCUAUAUAAGAGCUGCCGGACUCUCCCUUCACUGAACUUAGAAUUCUCUCCUCAUCAUCACCACUAUCUGUCAUCUAAUAAUCACUUCUCUACCAAACAUUCCAAUUUCCAGAUCUCGACCAAUCUUCGGUAUCAUAUCAACAACAUAUAACAAUUAGCAACCAUGUUCGCCAACGUUAUCACCAUUGUUGUUUCGGCCCUCACUGCCACCGCAGUGGCCACUGACGCCGUCGCCCCUCGCGAGACCUACGGAAACUGGCCUGGCAACCACUUUGUAGAGGAGUGCACAGAUACGAGUUGCAUCGCUAAGUUUAGCGUUAACGGCGCUAAGGGCUACUACAGGGACGCUCCGGGGUUCGCCGUGAACUGCCAGUCGGCCCAGAACAAGUUCGAUUGGGCCCCUUGCGAGUUCGUUGGCGCUAAGACGCAAGGCUCUAGUAUCAAUUCGGUGUGGACGAAGGGUUCUAGCGACGACAAGAUCAAGCUCUCCGUGACCCACUCCUGGGACAGCGCCUCUGGCCCGCGCUUCAACGCCACCGGCACUGUCGAGUUCAAGAAGGGAGAGACCUCGUUCAACAUGCCUGUUGUCAGAGUCGAUGCUGCGAUGUAAACUGGUGUGGUGACAGGAUCGGGGACGCGAAGGAUGGAGAAGGGAGAUGGGGGGCGAUUUGCAUUCUAACACGCUUAGCGUGUCUAUUAUUUUUUAGAUAAUGGGGUUAAUAGUGUUAGUUGCAAAUGAAAGAGUAGUUGAGGGAGCAUUGCUGGCUUCUGACCUUCGUGACAAUUCUGUGACAAUUCUGUUUGCUACGUCUAAUCCACUGCACCUACGUUGAUCAGUUGAUAGCCGUAAGCAACCUUUCUGGCCUGGUGCUUAUACUACGUUGAAUAUUUCGGUCUUUCGCAUUAAGUGUGUAGGUGUUGAUACAUUGAAAUGCGGGUUGGAUGAUGCGUUUGUUCGGGCAAAGUAGGUAUGUGGGGUCGUAACGCCGAUGGCAAGGCCAUAUUGAUAUUUUAGACUUGAAAAUUACUCCUACCCAGGGGAUAAUGCUGGUUGUACCAUACGUAUCGCGAAGACUGUUUUGUGAAUUGGUGAUGUUAUCUGUUAAAUGUUUUA